CCUGUCCGGUGACGAUGCAUCGUCCACCUGUGAGACCUGUGAAUUGCGUAUGUAGGUACUACCUAGGUAGCUACUUCAGCUCAUGCUCACUCAAUGGUACAUGUGAUAUCUUAAUCUACAGUCAUCUUGAAGCAACCAUCUCAUCAGAGCUAAACAACAACACACGGUCUGCUUGCCUCUUGUCACUGGUCUUGUUGUAAUUUCCACAUUGAUAGUCAAAUCAUCUACCCACCUCGGCCCCGUCAAGAUUCCCGUUGGACAGCGGAGGCCAUCACCAUGGAUGUCGUCCAGGCCGUCUCCGGCUACAUCUCUAAGAUGGUGUCGGCUGGAGACAGCGCAGUAGGCGGUCCAUCUGCAAAGAUGAAGAUUCUGCUCCUGGAUCGCGAUACGGUGCCAAUUGUUUCAACCGCCGUUACUCAGUCGUCACUCCUCAAUCAUGAGAUCUAUCUCACCGACCGCCUUGAUAACCAGAACCGUGAGAAGAUGCGACACCUACGGUGUCUUUGCUUCGUUCGUCCGUCGCCAGACUCAAUCCAGUUUCUCAUCGAUGAGCUUCGUGAUCCAAAGUACGGCGAAUACUACCUCUAUUUCAGCAAUAUUGUUAAGAAAUCGUCACUCGAAAGAUUGGCCGAAGCUGACGAUCACGAAGUUGUCAAGUGUGUGCAGGAGCACUUUGCCGACUUUAUCGUCAUCAACCCAGACCUCUUUUCUCUUAAUAUGUCCCUCCCUCAGCAAAGAUUAUGGAGCGGCACCCCAGAUAUGUGGAACUCGGACUCUUUACAGCGUACCACUGAGGGCAUAAUCGCUGUCUUGCUGGCCCUCAAGAAGAAGCCACUAAUCCGUUAUGAGAAGAACAGCCUCAUGGCAAAAAAACUAGCUUCCGAGGUGCGAUAUCAGCUCACCCAAGAGGAGCAAUUAUUUGACUUCCGAAAAGUUGAUACACCACCGAUUUUGCUCGUCAUAGACCGGAGAGAAGACCCUGCUACUCCUCUACUAAACCAGUGGACAUAUCAAGCAAUGGUCCAUCAGCUCUUAGGAAUUCACAAUGGAAGGGUCGAUCUAGGAGAUGUGCAGGAUAUCCGGCCGGAGCUUAAGGAAAUUGUCCUCUCACAAGACCAAGAUCCUUUCUUUAAGAAGAAUAUGUAUUUGAACUUUGGCGAUCUUGGAGGGAACAUCAAGGAUUACGUGGAGCAGUACCAGUCAAAGACGAAGAACAAUGCCAAUAUUGAGUCGAUAGGAGACAUGAAGCGUUUUAUUGAAGAGUAUCCAGAGUUCCGCCAGCUCUCAGGGAACGUCAGCAAGCAUGUGACUUUGGUCUCAGAGCUGAGCCGGCGGGUAGGUUCAGAGAACCUGUUGGAGGUUAGUGAGGUGGAACAAAGUCUAGCAUGUAAUGAUAAUCAUGCUGCGGAUUUAAAGAAUGUUCAAAAACUGAUUCAACACCCUUCGGUCACACAAGAGAACAAGGUCAGCUUAGUCGCAUUAUACGCAUUACGCUAUGAGAAACAUCCUUCAAACUCGUUAGCCAUGCUUGUUGAUCUAUUAAGUGCGGCUGGAGGCGUACCCGCCCGACAAGCCGACUUGGUUGCAAAACUUCUCAUAUACCACAACUCGCUCCAACAAUCCCAGGCAGCUGGUGGUAUUGCGGACAUUUUUGAGUCAGGAGGUAUAUUUUCUGGCGCGAGGGCAAUAAAGGGUUUGAAAGGUGUCGAAAAUGUCUAUACGCAGCAUUCGCCGCACUUAGAAGCCACUCUGCAAGAUAUGAUCAAAGGCAAAUUACGAGAUCAGCAAUAUCCCUUCAUUGAGGGAGGUGGGACAACGCGAGACAAGCCCCAGGACAUAAUUGUGUUCAUGAUUGGAGGGGCAACAUACGAAGAAGCAAAGACGGUAGCCAGCAUCAAUGCAUCUUCGCCCGGUGUCAGAGUUGUACUUGGGGGGUCUACCAUACACAACGGCGCUACAUUCCUAGAGGAAGUCGACGAUGCCGUGUCUUCUUGGCCAGAGCCUCCUCCAACCACAGCAGCGGGCCGGUUGCGGAAAGAAAUAGGCCGCAGAUGAUUCAAGAGACAAUGUCCACUUGUUUUCUCGUUAAUGUAUAUCCAUUGCAUGGCAGCGGAGCGUCAUAGCUGUAAUGAUGGUUCACGGAGUUUUCAUUUGGAAACUCUAACUGAUGAAACUCGCUCAAUGAUAUGUACUCGUCCGUACCAAGCGCCCAGAUUGGGAAUGAUGCGAACAGGCUUCUAAAUGAGAUACCUACAAUAUUGAUUCAGAUCUACCUGUCCAACUCUAGUCUUGGUGAUAAGUCUCAUUGUCACGGAACGACAUAAGGAGUGCAGUACUAUGCCACUACGCCACCAAAAGGUAACGACGAGUUAUCAAGUCGAG